AUGCCUGGCUGUUUUAAAAAGACUUUAUUUGCCUUGGCUUCUCUAAUAAGUUUUGUGUCCUCUUUCUUGAUUGUUGUUGCAAUGGGGACUCCAAAGUGGAUGACGGGAAAGAUCCUUUGCAAAACAGGAGCUGACUUGGUCAAUGCCACAGAUCCAGAGCUGGUCAAGUUCAUUGGAGAAAUAUACUACGGCCUGUUUCGGGGCGGCAAAAUCCGCCAGUGUGGGUUGGGCGGGCGGCGUUCUAAAUUCACAAUUUUCCCACACAUGGUGAAAAAGCUGAAUACAGGCCUGCACAUGAUGAUUAUAAUAUUCCUCUGUGUGGCCAUUGUCUUUUCUCUGGUCAGUUUUGGAUUCUGCAUUCUCAACGCAAUAAAAGUUCCGUACCGAGCUAUUAAAGGUCCAGCAGGAAUAUGCCUUUGGAAUUUUCUUGCAGGUGGAUUUGUAGUUCUUGCAGUCACCAGCUUUAUGGCUGCUGUGAAACUCCAUCACCUCACAGAAAGAAUUGCCAAUUUCCGGGAAAACGUCUUUCGGUUCGUUAUCUUAGAAGAACGCUUUGAAGACUGUUUUUGGCUUUGUGUGGCAAGUGCCACAGCACAUGCAGUAAAUAUGCUGUUAAUAGCCAUUAGUGAGAUCCAUUUUCCUAAAAUCAAGACUAAACCAGAAGAAGCAAAUGUUACAGCAGAAGAUAUCAUGUACUAA